GAAAGGAAUGUUAAUAUUUGAACUAUAAAUAAAGUCCGUAUUGUACUUGAACGCAUUCACAACUCAAACACUACAGCGUGUGUUAGUAAACUCCUCAGUUAGUAACUACAAGAACUCAAUCAUGAAGUUCACGGCUCUGUUCACGGUGGUGAUGGCGGUGCUCGCCAUGUUCUUCGGAGCUGGCCACGCCAACCCUGCGCCUAAAGUCCCUAUCAAGCAAAUUGGCAAAGUUAUUAAAACUGGCCUAGGAGUCAUCAGCGCCGCGGGCACAGCUCACGAAGUUUACAACAACAUCAAGAACCGAGGAUAGUGCUAUGUUAUGAAAA